AUGACAAGAAUUAAGGGUAGAGUACUUUUACUUACAGGGGUAUCCACAGGCUUAGGCCUUGCCAUGGUGAAAUGGUACAUAUCCAAAGGCCAUUUGGUGUUAGGGUGUGCACGGUCAGCUCAAAAGAUUAAUCAGCUGAACGAAGAAUUUUGUAAAGGAGGCAAACCAAAACAGUUCUCUGUUGUUGACAUUCUCAACGAGGCAGACGUGAAACGUUGGUCACAAGAUGUUAUUUCUAGCUUUGGAGCGCCGACUUUCCUCCUUAAUAAUGCAUCUAUAAUCAACAGUAAUGCGUGUUUGUGGCAGAUUUCUGGAGAAGAGUUCAACAGUGUCAUCGAUGUCAACAUUAAGGGCACCACGAAUGUCAUUCGCCAUUUUGUGCCCGAAAUGAUAAAAGCGGGAAAGGGUGUGGUCGUUAAUUUUAGUUCUGGCUGGGGUAGAAGUGUGGCGGCGCAUAAAGCUCCAUAUUGUGCUUCCAAGUGGGCCAUUGAGGGGCUUUCUAAAGCAAUGGCGCUUGAGUUACCUAUACCGCUGACAUGUGUUCCGUUGAACCCAGGAGUCAUCAACACACCUAUGUUGGAGACAACCUUUGGAAAACAAGGUGCAGCAAUGUAUAGGAGUCCUGAAGAAUGGGCCCGAGAUGCCUGUCCAUUCAUUCUAUCCAUUGACCACUCUCAGAAUGGAAUGAGUCUUACAGCUCCAUAGUAUUUAGACAGAGAUGAACAAGUUAGUCGAUCAGCAAUUCAUUUGGUUCUUAGAUUGGAUUGACAGAUUUGAACACAGAAUGGACUUAGAUUGCGAAUGAGGUGUAAAAAAUUUGUGGUUUUAAGAAAUUAAGUGUAACGCGUAUUAGUUUCUAACUUUAGCUUGGAUCACGAACUCUUCAUUCUAAAUGUUCAGAUCAUAGCUUGUAAACAAAGUCUGGAUUACUGUUUUUUUUAAAUUCUCUGUCUAUUUCUUCACAAUUUAGCAUUUACUGUUUAAUUCUUUUGAAUACUUGAAAAUAAAAGCCUUUGAGUUGGUUGUUGAAAUUAUUAAAAAUGUCCGAUUAUUAUUAAAUUAAUGUUUGGGGGACCAAAUAUAUCCUAGACUAAAAUGUGCUUCUUAUCAGCUUUUUCAAUUUUAGAGCUUCAGUUUCUAUUUCUUACUCAUGCCUAAGAGAUGUCAAAACUGCUUAAAAGUACCUCAAGAAUAAGAGACAAACAGGAAAACACUUAUUUGGGGUUCAAUAAUAAUUUUUUGGCAGUUUUUGUUCAAAAUUUUUGCUUGCCAAGUUGGGAAGUAGCUCAUGGAUGGAUAUGAUAAGUAUGUCCCUAUGUGAAGAAUACAAAUUG